GUACCGCAAUGGCAGCCGUCCUCGAAGGGUACUACGACUAAACUCGUCAGCAUCGCCCGUGGCAUACCAUAGUGGUUCCGACACUGCACUGCUACUCCUCGAGAUCCGGCACUUCACUAUGCCACCAUGCUGCGCCAAACAACAGCAUCGCCGCUAUUGUUCGGCCUGAGCAGCCGGACAGAAACACUCCAGUCACUGAAAAUAGGGAUAUACUAUGCUGUCAAGGCCUGGAGCCGUCUUCGCCUUGGCAUCUGGGCACACGCAGACACCGCUGGUGGAGAAAGAUAUCCAGAGCCCGUGGGAUACAAUCAGAUGAAAGCUUGUGUGCUUGGUCAGGGAAAAUUCCGUCCGUCUUACAAAAGCUCAUCAUCACUGUGCAUGACAAACCGACGACUCCCGGACCCGAAUCUGACCCGACUCACUACAUAUAUGCACAGAAAACUUCACCUCCAUACUGAUCCCAUAUCAAAAGCCCCAUCUUCUCCACAUAUCAUUCUCACCAUCAAUCACCAUGUCCCAACCCACUGGCACAGUGGUCCACAAGCACGCCGACGCAGAUGGACACUUCCGCCGCAAAGCCAGUUCAUUCCGCGACACGAUUUCCAAAGAUCCCCAGUCCAAGUACCCGGCUGAGUCCGGUCGAUAUGCUUUGUACAUGAACUAUGGGUGUCCCUGGGCGCACCGAACGUCCAUUGUUCGAGCUCUGAAGGGUCUGGAAGAUCAUAUUCAGAUGAUUGCGACCGAUUUUGAUCUGACGAGUGAAGGUUGGACUUUUACUGGCAACCACGGCUCCGAUAUCAAAGAUCCUCUGUUCGGCUUCACAAAAAUCAAAGAAUUGUACCUCAAGGUAAAUCCAGAAUACACGGGAAGAUUCACUGUACCAUGUCUAUUCGACAAAAAGACACAAACAAUCGUCAACAACGAAUCGAGCGAAAUCAUCCGAAUGCUAUAUACCGAAUUCGACGAUUUGCUUCCACACGAGCUCAAAGAAGAGACCAAAAAAGAAGGAGGACUCUACCCCGAGCAUUUGCGAAAAGAUAUCGACGAGAUGAAUGACUGGGUCUACAACACAAUCAACAACGGCGUCUACAAAUGCGGUUUCGCCCGAUCCCAAGAAGCCUACAACGCCAACAUCUACCCACUCUUCCAAUCCCUUGAUCGGGUAGAAGCCCAUCUCUCCUCAUCCGAUCAUCAACCCUUCCUCUUCGGCUCCCACAUCACAGAAGCCGACGUCCGCCUCUUCACCACCCUCAUCCGAUUCGACGCAGCGUACCACACCAUUUUCAACACCAACCUCAAAAGCAUCCGACAUGAUUAUCCCAACAUUCACCUCUGGCUUCGCAGACUCUAUUGGGAUGAUACCGACUUGACCAAAGGAGUCUUUCGGCGAUUUACCAAUUUUGAUGCGUAUAAAUAUGGGUACGCGAGGAUGACUUAUCGCAUGAUUAGUGGGGGAAGCGAUGAGGGUUUGGAGAGUGCGGUGAUUCCAGCGGGUCCGGCUUUCAAUAUUGAGCCGUUGCAGGAGCAUGAAAAGCUGUAAGGUAGUGAAAUGCAGUCGCAAUAUGAAUUUGAUACCCCUCCC